AUGACGCUGACUGCCGGCUUCCACGGCGCAGCAAUGUCGAGCCACAGCCCGGCCUCCCGGCGAAGCACGACGCAGGCUCUAGGAAGGGGCAAGGGGCCACAGAGCAGCCCGUCGCUAUGGAAUCACGCCCGGGGCAGACUCUCGCCCAUUGUGCGGGCUGACGGGCUGGCGGGCUGGCGGGCUGGCGGCCUUCUGGCACCUUGCGCGACUUUUACGGCGCUUCUCUUGGCGCUCCCAUUCCCAGAGGCCGCGCUUCCCGUGGCAUCAAGUGGCUAG